AUGGGAGGAUGGGAGGACAAGAGGAGGACAAGAGGACACAAUGGGAGGAUGAGAAGACAAUGGGAGGAUGGGAGAUGGGAGGACAAGACAAUGGGACAUGGGACAAUGGGACAACAAGACAUGGGACAAUGGGAGGACAGGACAAUGGGACAUGGGACAAUGGGACAACAAGACAUGGGACAAUGGGACACAGGACAAUGGGACAUGGGACAACGGGACAACAAGACAUGGGACAAUGGGACACAGGACAUGGGACAUGGGACAACAGGACAACAGGACAACAGGACAAUGGGACAACAGGACAAUGGGACAACAGGACAACAGGACACAGGACACGGGACAACAGGACACGGGACAUGGGACAUGGACACGGGACAUGGGACACGGGACAUGGGACACAGGACACAGGACACAGGACACAGGACACAGGACACAGGACAACAGGACAUGGGACAAGAUAAUUGGGAGGAAGUGUAUGAAUCAAUAGCAUGA